AUGGCGUCUCCACGAAUCCUAUGCUCUCGGGGGACACUAAGGCUACGACAUCAGUUUACAAGAAGAUACCGGUUAUUUUCUAGCAGCUCUUCGAAUUCAGCAGCGUCAGAUGGCCUAGGCUUCAGCGUCGCAAGCUUGGGACUGGAGAAAUCCUUUGUCCAACCAGUCGUGGCUUCCAUUCGACAAUUGCCUGAAAUCGAAGCGUUAUAUCAAGACAAGAAGUUUGCGUCAACAUCAGGUGUAGAGAAUCUGAACCGAGCAGUGGAUGUCUUUGCUUCCUUUUCCAAGGGGGGGAGGGAGCAUUUGGCAGUAUGUGCCUUGUUGGCAGAGUCCAAACAGCGAAUGGCACAACACCAAGAUGUCCUUGAAAUUCUGAUCGAAAUGGAAGAACUGGCACAGCAAGAUGGUUCCAUUCCAAAUUCAUUUGAAGAUUUGACGUUGGCAAAGGCAAAGACGUGUUGGACCAAGGGAGACUUUGACGGUUCUGCUGAACUGUGCGAAACCAUCAUCUCAACCUACAACGAUUUGGACGAGACUUUUCCAACCACCAAUUUACACAUGGCAUCAGCCAUGUCCGGAAAAGCCUUGUCGCAACUAGCUUCCAUGAAAACUAUAGACGACGCAUACUCGGUGCGGGACUAUUUCCGGAUUGCUGUCAAAUUUUUGGAACGACAUCCUCCUUCCUCCAAUAGUCUGCCACAAGCUGUAGCCUAUGGCAACUGUGGUUCAGCAGAAGCUGCUUACGCUCUCUUUUUGGAAGAAACAAAUGAUGUAUCAGUGCCUAUGGAUGCAGCACUGCGAUGUUGGUUUCAAGGUAUGCAGCAUUUGAAGGGCACUGUACCGACCCAUUUGGAGAUGUCGUCCAAUACGCUAGAGGCCAAUCUACAAACCAAUCUUGCUUGGGGCGUUCUAAAUUUCGAAAUGGACCGAUCCGAUCGACUGGAAAAGGCAUCGGACUAUGCGAAACAAGCACUAUCGGCGCAUGAUGGCGAAGGAGGUGCCAAUAUAUGGGGUAUGCGUAGAGUGCUGUCGACCGUUGCUGAUUGUUAUCACCAAGCUGGCAGCGCAGUCACAGCAGAAGGACUGUUCCAAACCGCUAUCGACAAAAAGAAAGUAUUUCUGCAUCCAAGUGUACUGCUGGAACUGCAAGAUUCCUAUUUGAGUUAUGCCAAACUAUGUGAGAAUUGGGAAAAGCGUGGAGGUGAUGCGAAGCAACUGAAGGAUCGAGCAAUGGAGAUUGAAAAUCAAUUACCGGAUGGAUGGAAAGGGAAGUCUGGUGUAUAUAGCUCGCUGUGGUUCUGGACACCCGGCGAUUUCGUUUAG